GUUAAGUUAUAAAAUAGUUUUUGGUUCAAUCAAUAUUCUACUAUUCAAUCAAUUUAAGUUUUCAUUGGUUCAAUCAAUAUUAACAUUCUGCUUAAAAAUGAUGCUUCAAAGGCAAAAACCUUCUAUUUCUGUUGUUGAUAAUGCACAGAAAGAAACAAACAAUAAGAGAAAACUUCCAAAGCUGGAAGAUUUUUUGGAGAAACGCGACUACACUGGAGCUGUCACUCUGCUUGAGUUUACAAGACAAGCUGGGAAAGAAAGUGAUGAAAUUGGAUUGUGGAUAGCAUAUUCAUUGUUUCAUUCAGGUGAAUAUGAAAGGGCUAUGAAGGAGUAUCAAGCUAUUUUGAAGAAAAAAAAUAAUCAGCCAGAUGUGAUGUGCAAUCUUGCAUGCUGUUAUUUUAUGUUGGGAAUGUAUAAAGAAGCUCAACAGGCACUGUCAAACAUAAAGAAGACUGAUCUUUCUAAUCGCCUUGCAUUUCAUUUAUCUCACAAAUUCAAUGAUGAAAGUAACCUAAUGAGUCAUCAUUCACAACUGCAAGAUGUUAUCGAAGACCAGCUUAGUCUUGCUUCAAUACAUUAUCUUAGAAGUCAUUUUCAAGAAGCAAUUGACAUUUACAAAAGAAUUCUUUUGGAUAACAGGGAGUAUUAUGCAUUAAAUGUUUAUGUGGCAUUAUGUUACUACAAACUUGAUUACUUCGAUGUGUCACAGGAAGUUCUAUCAGUGUAUCUGCAACAUUAUCCUGAUAGUGCGAUUGCAAUUAACUUAAAGGCAUGCAAUCACUUUAAACUUUAUAACGGAAAAGCUGCUGAGGCUGAUUUAAAGUCUCUUCAAGAAAUAACUAGUCCAUCAUUUACUUAUGCAAAAGAUAUUAUAAAGCACAAUAUGGUUGUUUUUAAAAAUGGUGAAGGCGCAUUACAAGUUCUUCCAGCAUUACUUGAUGCUUUACCUGAAGCAAGAUUAAAUUUGGUGAUCUAUUAUUUGAAACAAGAUGAUAUCACUGAAGCAUACAAUCUUGUUAAAGAUGUUGAACCAACAUCACCUAAUGAAUAUAUUUUAAAAGGUGUUGUUAAUGCAAUUUUGGGACAACAUCAAAGUUCAAGAGAGCAUUUAAAGGUUGCACAACAAUAUUUUCAACUGGUUGGUGGUUCUGCCAGUGAAUGCGAUACAAUACAUGGUCGUCAGUGUAUGGCUUCUUGUUUUUUUUUAUUAAAACAGUUUGAAGAUGUACUCAUAUACUUCAACUCAAUUAAAAGUUAUUUUUAUAAUGAUGAUUCUUUUAAUUUCAACUAUGCUCAAGCAAAAGCAGCUGUUGGAAAUUACAAAGAAGCUGAGGAGAUAAUGCUUCUUAUUCAGAAUGAAAAAAUGAAGAAUGACUAUGUAUAUAUAAGCUGGUUAGCACGGAUUUAUGUUAUGAACCGUAAAGCCCGAUUAGCAUGGGAACUCUAUUUAAAGAUGGAAACAUCCUCUGAAUCUUUUAGUCUUUUGCAGUUGAUAGCCAAUGAUUGUUAUAAGACGGGACAAUUUUACUAUGCUGCAAAAUCUUUUGAUGUACUGGAGAGACUCGAUCCUAAUCCGGAAUACUGGGAAGGAAAAAGAGGAGCAUGCGUUGGUAUUUUUCAGAUGAUCAUUGCUAAUCGUGAACCAAGGGAGACUUUGAGGGAUGUUUUACAACUUCUUAGAAAUACAUCCAAUCCGCAGGUAGAAUAUAUCUUGCGCACUAUGAAGAAAUGGGCUAAAGAAAAUCGAAUUUUAGUAAAUUGAAUAUUGUUGAAAAGUAUCUAAUAUAAUACAGACAACAAUAUCUUAUAUAUCGAGAAUAACAACAAGAUUUAAUACCUAAUGGCCAUACUGAGUUUCAUUUAGAAGUUAUAAAAAAGAGAAUUGUAAAAAAAUUACUUAUUAAUGAUGCAAAUUUAUGUUUUAAUAUUUGAAAAUAAUAAGAAAGAACAAAUAGAUGCAGAUGCUGUUACUUACGUUUUUUAGAAAUAAAAUUUCUAACGAUUAAUUUUCAAUAAAUCAAUGUUAUGAAGUAUUAUGUGCUGACAAUUUGUUAUGAUAUCAGUUAAAUGUAAUUCCUUAAUUGUAAUUCAUUGAUUCUUGUCUUAACAAUUUAUAUAAAGUAAUCUUUUCAAAGCAUUUGCAUUCUGACUUGGUAUCUCUUUGGGUAUGUUUGUUCCAACAGAUACUAAAUAUUAAUAAAAGUAGCAAUUUCGUUUUGGUCAAGAAAAAGAUUUUUUACUUUAAUAGUUUUGGGUAAAGAUUGUGACAUCAUUUUGGUACUACAAGAAAAACAGAAAAAAAAUUGUAACAUUGGUUGGAUUGGCUUAUUUGAAUAUCGUUGAAACUCGGGCUGUUAUAGAUUUUUUUU